AUAAUGAUGUUAAUUAUUAUGUGGCAGCGUCACUUCCGAUGGAAUGUGGCGCUUUGAUCAGUUUUUGAAACAUUUUUGGCGUUCCAUUUGUCUACAUUUUUUGAUCGCGUAUUCCAAAGUAAUCCACUUUCGGAAAAUGUUUUUCGUAUAAUUUUCAAUUCGGUACAGGAUUUUCAAACUGUUUACCUUUGAAAAUUAACGUCUGCCUGAAAUACUUGCUGUAUUGCAAAAUCUGGCUACUUCUCGUUUAUCGUGCAUCGAAACUUUCUAAACUUUAUCUCUACGUGAAUGUUGAUCAUUGAUUCUUCUCAGCAAUACGACGAAGAAUUAAAAAUUUUGUCCGACGGAAUUGAAGAUCAGCAUAAUCUGAUAGAUCGAUUGAGAUUGGAUAAUCAAACAGAAAUGUCGGGAAAACGAAAGAAACUCGAGGAUGCCAAAGAAAGAUUAAAAUCAACAGAAGUAGAGUUGAAGCGUGAAGAAGAAUCUUUAAAAUCAUUUUUACGUAAUGGGUGUGAGCGUGUUCUGAAACACAAGACUAUAAUAGAGAAUCGUGUUAAAGAAGUUCAAAAGAACACGAAGGAAUGGUCUGUGAAAAUGAGGAGUGCUAUUCCCGAGGUUUCCUGCGUUCUUUCCAAAGAUGAAAUCGACAGGAUUCUAGAAGAUACCCAUGAAGAAGUUCAAGAAAGUGCUAACCUGGAGGAACAAGCCGCUUUCUCGUAAUACUAAGUAAUAAAGUGAUGUCUAUGUUACGUAUGUCGCUUCUUGUAAAUACUAAAUACUGUUGAAAUACAAACUUGUUUUGUUUUUUGUAAAUUGCAUAAAACUGGGAAGAGGAUGCUUAAGUCUUCUCUUCUUUGACGAUUGACAUUGGGAUCUUUGCGAGACAAUUGCAGGGGGCGUCAUUUUGGCUCACAAUAUCGGGGGACUGAAGACUUAAGCUGCUCGACUUAAGGCACGGUAGCCAUUAAAUUUGCUCGACUGAAUAGCGUGGUAUAAUUUUCCUUAAAACUAUUAAAAAAAUCGUGUUUUGUAUUAGUUUCUGUCGAAAAUUUUGUAAAGUAAUAUAAACCCAAAAUUGAACACUGA